AUGUCUGACAAGAACACCUCCACUCUCCAGUCGUACAUCGACUCUGCCUCUGGCGCCGCUCAGUCCGCUCUGGGCUCCCUCAUCGGCAGCAACGCCGACAAGGUACGCUCAGUUCCUUCUACGAUUGAUCAAGACACUGACACAACACAGACUGCUGGCGAGAACAAGAAGGCCGAAGCCGGCCUCAAGAACGACGCCUCGCACGCCGGAGCCAACAUCGGUGGCUACAGCGUCUCCGCCUCAGGUGUCGCCCAAAACGACCCCAACCGCGGCGCUGGCUCGUGGAACCAGACCCUGGGCUCUGGCAAGGAGGCCCUCGGUAACCUCGUCGGCAACGAGUCUCUGAAGCAGCAGGGUGCUCAGCAGAACCAGGAGGGCAAGGAGCAAGAGGCCAAGGGUCAACUCAAUGACCUGGGCUCUGGUAUCGCCGACCGUGUCUCUGGCACUGUUGGUGGUGCUGUCGCUGGCAUUACCGGUAACCAGGCCGAUAAGGCCAAAUAUGAGGCCCAGCACGACCAGGGCAAGACUCAGCAGCGUGGUGUUGAGGCCGACCUCGACAAGCAGGCCAGAGCCUAA